AGUUACACUCCGACCCCACCAAAACCCUCAAAUCCCAACCCCCCCCCCCCUCCCCAAUCUCCGCCACCCCUAUAAUCCCCACCACCCUCCCUUUGAUUGCCUUUUCGGUUUUGGUUUAAGUCCCUUCAUCGUAAAUUUCUCCAUUUCUAGGGUUUCUUUCGGGUCCUUCUCGAAACCUAGGGUUUUCUCUGUGUGUGUGUGAGAGAGAGAGAGAGAGUUGGUGCAGACUCGGAGCUUUUGAUUCCAAUGGAGGCCUCGGCCGGAGUUGCCGCCUCCGCCGCCGUACGUGGCGGCUCUAUCUCGAUGCCGCAGCCACCGUCAUCAUCUGCGUCGAACCGCAAGGAGUGGCGUGCUGUCUCGGAGCAUCGGAACGCCGGGGACGAGGUAGAGUUGGAACGAUCAAAGUUAGGGCAAUCAGAUGAGAGAACUAUAUAUGAGGUGCAGCAGGGAAGAGAGCCGCUUGAUGUCGACUUCUGUUCAAUCACAGUGGAUGGUACCUUAGACGAAGACCUUUUGCCGCAGAGACUUCAUAAUGUUACUAGGCAAAGAGAGGAAUUACAACGGACUGAGAUUGGACUUACAGCUCAAAUGAUUGCAAGAUCUGAGAUAAUGGGAAUGCAAAGCAACUUUGAAGCUCAGAUCAAAGAGCAUGCUAAUGCUGCCGCCAAGCAUCAGGAGCAACUGCGCGAAAGGGAACAUGCUAUCCGUGAAUUGGAAAGGAAGAUGGAAGAGAAAGAUAGGGAGCUGCAUGCAAUUAAAUUGGAAAAUGAAGCGGCCUGGGCUAAAGAGAACCUUCUGAGAGAACAAAAUCAAGAACUAGCAUCCUUCAGAAGAGAACACGAUCAUUCUGAAGCUGAAAGAGCCCAACAUAUAAAGCAGAUACAUGACUUUCAAGAACAUAUUCAAGAGAAAGAGAGACAGCUUAUUGAAUUGCAGGAACAGCAUAGGGUUGCUCAAGAAACCAUUCUUUAUAAAGAUGAACAAUUGAGGGAAGCGCAAGCCUGGAUUGCUCGUGUUCAGGAGAUGGAUGCGUUGCAAUCAAAUACUAACCAUUCUUUACAAGCUGAAUUGCGAGAACGUACCGAACAAUAUAACCAGCUGUGGCAUGGUUGUCAAAGACAGUUUGCAGAGAUGGAAAGACUUCAUCUGCAUACAUUACAACAGCUCCAUCUUGAGCUUGCUGAUGCACGGGAAAGGAGUGGAACUUACAAUGGUGAGUCGCGUUUAUCCCAAACAAAUUCAAAGGACGUAUCUCAGUUUGCACAGAGCAAUGGAAACCAACUAGAUGGCAAUAGAGGUGGUACAUCGGGUGGAAAUUCUGGUGUCCUUCCAAAUGGGAAUUCAGACAAUGUUUCAUCUUUUGCUUCAACUGACGAUGCAUCAACCCAGACCGACCGUGUUCCUGGUGUACCAAUUGCUCCAUCAUCUCUGCUUGCAAUGCCUACCUACCUCCCAUCUGGACAAGUGACUACUUUGCAUCCAUAUGUUAUGCAUCAACAAGGGGUUCCCCAUUCUGUGCCAUCACAUGUUCCUCCGUCUCAUGUUGGACAUUUUCACUCAAUACCAGCAAUGGGUUCCCUCCAACAGUGGCAGAACCAACAGGCUGUACCAGAGGGUUCACAGAUAUCUGCACAGAAUGAAAUUCAACCAUCCCAAGUGGACCAAAAUCUAAUGAGGUCAGAUGCGAACUACAACUAUGAAAUUUCUGUUAAUGGACAGGCUCUUCGUCAAGACUAUCUGGAUGUUCAUAUUAGCCAAGGGGCAAAGCCUGAUUCUGGAAUCUCGUCAUCAACUGGGGAAGCACAGGUUCUUGAGUCAAUUGACAGAGGUUACAUGGUUGCCCCCCAACCAGAGCAGAGCCUGCAACAAAUUUCUUCCCAAUUUCGCGAUGCCUUAAGAUUGGAUGCUCUUGACCAGAACAGCGAAAACAAGGAGCCGAAUGUUCUGACUUCGACUAAUCAUGGGCUAGAAGGCCAAGUUUCAACAGCAGAUCAAUUAAGUUCUGCUGCCAACCCAUCAUCAUCUGAUGCCUCGAUCCAAGAUGUUAAUCUCAGUGAAACUGCCAUAAACAAUGCCACUGGUGCAGGCUUGCCUGAAUCAUUUGUCUCAACUCGGCAGGAAAAUACACCGACAGUGGGAAAGACUUCAGAGCCUGCUCUUCUUGAUGAAAGAUCACUGUUGGCUUGCAUAGUUCGCACAACUGCUGGUGGUCGAAUUCGGAUCAGUUCAACGCUACCAAAUAGGCUGGGCAAGAUGCUUGCACCUUUACACUGGCAUGAUUACAAGAAAAAAUAUGGGAAGCUUGAUGAAUUUGUGGUUGGUCACACUGAACUAUUUAUGAUUGAGGGUGACUAUAUUCAACUUCGGGAAGGAGCUCAAGAAAUGAUAGCAGCUGAAGCAGCUCUUGCCAAAGUUGCAGCUGCAGCUAAAGCAUCAUCUCCUUACACCUCAUUUGUGCCUUCUAUGGCUGUUACUCCAAUGGCGCAACCUCACCGACUGAAAAAGGUUCCAUCCAUUGAGUCAAAAACUUUACAGGCGGACAAGACAGCUCUGACGGAGUAUGCGGUCAUCUCUCCUUCAACUUCAACUGAUGAGCCACCACAGUUCUCUGUGAUGCCGAAUCAGCAACCAAAUGGUGUUGGUUUUGGUCUUCCUAGAGGUCUCUCAAAUAUAAAAAUUUUGAGCAAAUCUAGAGAUCCUCGGGAAAUGAAUGGCCCUGAAAACAGGCCAGUGCAAUCUGCAUAUUUGACAGUUGGAAAUGGAUCAAAUCUUAAUAGAUCAAGUUUGAGCAAUACCCAAAGCACAGGCUCAGCUAAUGGGAGAACUAACUUGAAUUUUGUUGGAAAACAGCAGGGCAGGAUGUCCAGUGCUGCAUUUACUUCCAGAAGAUAGUAAUUACACAUUUUUUGACGGGGGAAUUAUGUGGAUAAUCUCAUUAUCAGGAUGAUGCACCAGUCUGCAGAUUGUUGGAAAAUAUUUGGGGAUGGAUACCGGUUUUGCAAGAGAACGUGUUGUCGCCGAUUGAAUUGUCAGCGUUCUGAUUGGAAUUUUUACUUGUCUUUUUCGGCUUGCUUUGAUUUAUUUUCCUUUGCUUCGUAUUGUCAGAAUUACAACAUGCAUUUUGUGAGUGUUUUAUCUGACUCAAAACAAGACUCUCUGCCCUCGGCAAUGAUAUUCAUGCACACAAUUGCAUUUGUGCA